AUGGGGAUCAUCAACGUCAGCCUUGCCGCCAACACCGCACUGGAUCAUGUUCGCCGGCAGUCUGACCGCGCCCCUGCGCAAGAGGGCGGGCUGAACCUUUCAUAUCAUUCAAGACUCACAACCGGGGUAGUAUUGGGCUGCCUGGCCACCAUCUCAGUAGUGAUUGCAAUCCGGCUCUUGGUCAAGAAAAUGAUGCCACCGCAUCAUCUCUCCGCUGACGAUGGUUUGGUAUUGGUCGCAACGGCUUUCACCUUGUCUUUCUGCAUGGUGUCUCUGGGAGCAAGUAUGCAUGGCCUCGGCCAACAUUCAGCAGACCUGAUAGAUGCAGGAAUCGAUGUGACACACAUAAUCGAGUUCGUAUGGGCCGGUCACAUCCUCUACAGCUUCGCUAUCGCGUUUGCGAAACUGUCCAUCAUCAGCUCGUACUUUCGCAUAUUUCCACAUCAUCGAUUGCACAAGCUGAUGCCGCCUGGGAUCCAGCCAUCAGACCUCAAGCGACAUGUUACCGAUUUCCAUCCUUUCUCGCCACUCCCAUAUUUCCUCAGACUUAGGCUGCCACGGAAGCAGAAAGUUGGUGCUUGUCUUCUUUUCAUCGUUGGUGGUUCUGCCGUGUUCGCGAGUGCGGUGAAGUUAACAUAUAUUCACAGCCUCUACAACACCUCUGACAUUGCAUACGAUCUCGCCGACCCUCUGAUGUGGAGCAUUCUGGAAUGCAGCAUCAGCAUUGUCUGCCUGUCAAUGCCUUCACUGCGACCCCUCUUCGCCAAAUUGGCGCCCCUUAUCUUUUUUGCGGGAGAACACAGGCAGCCAAGAGAGAGGUCAUCCAUAACCUCCUUCUCCGACGACUCACCGAGGCUCAACCGCAUCACAACACACUUCCUUGGCUCUGGUAUCAUCUCUGACGGGAUCCGCUGGCCCCUGACGCAGACCGAAACCAACAAUACAUCAAAUGCGGAGGACACUGGUGAUAAGCUGGUCAUCAUCGAGAAGGUCGUUGUCGAGGGAAAGGCUUAA